UUUCGAAGAUGAAACUUGUGUACAUCCGGUAUAAACUCAUUCAUUCCCCCUAGCUUUGAUUGAUAACAAAAUAGAUGUCAGCGGGAGGCUUAACAGCGGAUCAAAGGAGGAGAAUUGAAGAAAAUCGUCGAAAAGCUCUCGAGAAACGAGCGGCUCUUCAAAGUCAACGACAGCAGCAAAUUGCGCCGUCAGUAACGGAUGGAGCUGAUGGCAAAUUUGCUUCGAGUCGUAUGGUUACAACCUCUAGAGAGGAACGUUGUCUAUUUCCUCGGGGCAGCAGUAUAAAGUCAAGAGAACCACAGAGACAGGUAUCUUUGCAAUCUAGAGAAAAAUCGAGCUUGAAUGGCUCAAACGUUUUUGAGAACAAUUCAGCAGACUCCAUGGCCUCUGCAUCUAAAACCUACAACUCAGCAGGAUCGCUAAAUUCUUUUCAACGCUCGAUCUCCAAAUUUUAUCGUCCGCAGACCUCUUCCUCUUCAUUCACAAGAAAUUCUGAAACCAAAUUCACUAGUCCGUGUAAAUCGUCUGGGGCUACAGCAACCACGACCAAAUCAACUUCUUCAAAAAUAAGCCCAAGAGCAGGAACAUCAAAGCCAAAUACUGGUAACGUUGUGAAUUUUAAGGAGAAUUCAGAGAAGCCAGUGAAGGGUAACUGUGCACUGAUUAGCAGACAGAGAUUUACAGUUGUUGUUCCUUAUCAAGCACAACUCAUUGGAAUUUUUAAAACUUUACCAAGCAGAAAUUAUGAUGCAAAGACAAUGCAGUGGGACUUCUCUUUGACAGAUUAUGAAAAGCUCAUGCAAGCAGUUCAGUCUAUGCCCCCUCAUAUUACAGUGGAAGGAUUACCUAAAGCAGUGAGGUCAACUUUUUUAACUGCUACUCCAGGCACUCUGAAGGAAUUGCCAACCAGUGAUAUCAAUUUAAACUCUGUGGAUUACAAGCUUGUUAAAGCACUGAUGCCAUUUCAAAUAGAAGGAGUUAGUUUUGGAAUACGCCAUGAUGGAAGAGUGUUGAUUGCUGAUGACAUGGGUCUGGGAAAGACUAUUCAAGCAAUCUGUGUUGCAAGCUAUUAUCGGGCUGAGUGGCCCCUUCUUGUUAUUACACCAUCCUCACUCAGAAUAACUUGGCAGCAGGCCUUUAUCAAAUGGCUUCCCACUGUGGACCCAGCAGACAUUAAUGUAGUCCUUACUGGAAAGGACAAUCCCACUGCUGGGCUUAUCAAUAUAAUAAGUUAUGAUCUCAUGUCUAAAUGUGUAGAGGAGUUGAAAAAGAAACAGUUUAGAGUCAUUAUAGCGGAUGAAUGUCAUUUUAUCAAGAACUAUAAAGCCUCCAGAACCCAGGCAUCAUUGCCACUCCUUAAGGCAGCCACUCGUGUGAUCCUGUUAUCUGGAACCCCAGCUCUCUCGCGGCCAUUAGAGCUUUACACCCAGAUCUGUGCCAUCCAACCAGGAUUAUUUCCUACAUUUCAUCUGUUUGGAAUUCGUUACUGUGCUGGCCAACAGAAUCGGUAUGGUUGGGAUUUUUCAGGCGCAUCCAACAUGCAGGAGCUUCAACUACUUUUGGAGGAAAAGAUGAUGAUCAGACGUUUGAAGAAAGACGUUCUCUCUCAACUACCUUCAAAACGACGACAAAUGGUGCUGUUGGAUCCAUCACUUAUAAAGACCAAAACUUUGGAAAAGGCUGCAAAGGAGGUUUCUAAAGCUAAGCAACAAGAGCAACAUGGAGCUCUUCUCAACUACUUCUUUGAAACUAGCGCCAGCAAAAUUCCUGCGGUCAGAGAUUACAUACUCGACCUUCUAGAAAGCGGCCGCAAAUUUCUAGUUUUUGCGCAUCACAAAAAGAUGAUGGACGCCAUUACCAGUUGUCUCACUCAAAAGAAGUAUAAGUUCAUUCGUAUCGAUGGCAGUACGCCAGCCGGAAUUCGACAGAGUUUGUGUGAUCAGUUUCAGCAAAACAAGGAGUGUUUAGUCGCUGUUUUGUCAAUCACAGCCGCGAAUACAGGUCUGACUCUUACUGAGGCCAGCGCGGUUGUGUUUGCUGAACUCUUCUGGAAUCCUGGGGCGCUUGUCCAGGCAGAGGACCGUGUGCACAGAAUCGGUCAGAGGAAUUCCGUGAAUAUUCAUUACCUUGUUGCUAAAAAGACUGCCGAUGAUUACCUUUGGCCGCUGAUUCAAAACAAGUUGGAAGUGUUAGGUAAAGCAGGUCUUUCAGAAGACAUGUUAGAAGCUGACUGCACAUUCUUCAAGGAUCCAAGGCAACAGACCCUAUUUUCAUUUGUGGAAUCUUUCGUGGAAGAUUACGCGACUGUUAGCCCCUCAAAUAAAGCUAAGACCUCGACAUCAUUAAACAAUAACUCAGACUUUGAAAUGCAUACGGAGUCACUUGCUAUGGAAACAAGGCAACCGAAAGAUGGCGUAAGUGACGCAAGAAAAGGGACGAAAAAUGAAAGGAGUGCUUCAAAGACCGGAAGUAAGUUAACUGAUUCAGUUGAUGAUAAUUUUGAUUGGUUUGACGACAUUGGAGAUGAGGAAGAAGUAAGUGAUACCGCACUGUAUGAUACCAUAAGAAGUCAAGAGGCGCAGAGUGAGUCGAAGUGUACAGCUGUAACAGAACCUUCUGCUAAGAGACAACGGCGCUGAAAAGGACCCAUCCCUCAUUUUCUUCGUCUGAUGUAAAGGUGACAAUGUUUCUCUGUCUGAUGUGAAGUGCGUGACCGUUAACUAACGUUGUAUGGUAGAAAAGAAGACGUAACUGGACUAAAACCGGCUAUAAACCAAGUCUAUAUUUACCUAUUUCUUUCACGGUUGUUUUGUGAUGAGGUUUACGAAUAUUAACGUCGUUCGCUUUAUGUGACAAGUUCUCGCCGACAUUUUCAAAAUCUGUGCGUCAUGGUCGACGAACUUUAAAAAUAGAAAUUCCAACAACUUGAGCCGUGCCUCAGCAAUCCAAUAGAUAAAAAGCAGCAAACAAACUGUGAGCGUGUAGUAUUUAGUUCAUUGUAUAAAAUAGAAACAAAGGAGACAUACGGUAACCACAAAGAUUGCCAUUACAUAUAAGAUUUUCGUAUUUUUCAACUAGAGUGAAAGAAUUAUAAAUCCCAGAAAUUAAUUAAAAGA